CUCGCGUGCCUUACCGCCGAGGGACCGCAUCAAGCCGCAAUCACACUCUUUCUCACCGCCCAUCACGUCCAGGCAGGGUCCAGCGCUGUAAACGAACUUGGUGGCGCGUACGCGAGUCGUACGUCAGAUAGCCAGACUUGGCUACUUCUCCGCGAUCAAGACGUCCAUGACCUAGGACAGCAACAGACUUGUUUUCCGCCCUACACAACACGCUCAUUCUAUCAUCUUCACGCUCCUUGACUCCGAUUUUCCGAAUUACGCUAUCUUCACGAACAAUACACGCUCUGUUACAAUGGAUACCACUCGCCCUGCGCAGCCACGAUCUCCUCGUCCGGAAGGAAGCUCGCCGACUCCUGUCUCUCGUCACAACAUCAACUACCGUCAAGUCGACCCUCUGCUCGGCGGCGCUCAAACGACCAGCACCUACGACUACUGGUGGCCUUAUCCUCCUGGCGGCGUCUACGCUACGACCACCACGCCUCCCGUCGCUCCUCUAAUCCCGACCACUACGAACCUCCUUGCCGCCCCUCAGACGAACAUAAUCUCCGACGCCAACUCUGUCUUCGACCUCACCCUCGAUGGCGACUCAACUACUACCUCAGAUUCCUCGCUCUCCACAAGCUCGCCCUCCGACGCUACGACUCCCACCUCAAUCGGCCCCUCCGUCAUCUCGCUCACUGCACUCCCGCCCGACACCACCACCUCCGCACCCAACUCUUCUCCCAAAAAGCUCGACCGCACGCCCUCAACCACCGUCGUCAAAUACGUCGUCCCCGCCUGCGUCGUCGCGGGCGUCAUCCUCGGCUCGCUCUUCGCCUGGUUCGUCUAUGGCUGCCUCCGCGCGCGGCGCAUGCGGCUCAGUGGUGGGCAUGGCGAGAAACGGCGCCGCCCGCGGGAGCGGCUGGAGGCCGGGACGGAGUACCGGUAUAUGCCAACGGAAGAAGGAGACGAGGAGAAGGCGCUACCGGACGCGCCGGGGGACGAUAGCGUGUGGGACGAUAAGGACUAUACGCUGGAUCUGGAGGAUGAGCAUGAUCUGCCUGGGGAGUCUGGUGAUCGCGCUCAGCGGUCUGAUUCUCGCUACUCCUCUCGCUCUCGCGGCGCUCAGGGAUCUGGCGGUCAAGGCUACGCUCUCAGCGAUUCUCCUCCCUCUGGCUCCUUCCGCUGGCCCUCGGCUCCCUUCGCAAAUGCGUUCACCAAGACGAACAAAAAGUCCAUCUCGCGCGCGAACUCUGUAGCUGAUACCGACGUCAUGUCUCUGCUGUCGCACGGCGAGGACUUCGAUACUCCCAGCAAGAACGAUCGUCUAGCUGCGAACGUCCUACACAGCGAGCCCAAACGCCGCGCCGGUCACGCGCGCGAGCAGUCCGACCUUCGGCUGGAAGAUCUAGGUAUCGACUUGGGACGCCCGGCGAAGUAUCGCGCGAAGAGGCCGAUGAACAACCGCUUGGACACCGUUGCCAGUUCGUACACGGUGGCUCUGAAGACGGACGACGGGCCCGACGACGGCCUCAACCGCGCCAAUACCAGACUGACCCGCGCCGAUACCCGCCUCAGUCGUGCUACGACCGUGAAGAGCGCCUACUCGGACGUCUCGCGCGCGAACACCGUCAAGUCCACAGGCGGCUUUCGCAUCGUGGUCGAGUCACCCCCUUCGGUGGCGGGCUUCUUUGAGCAGGCGACGCCGGCGACGAUGUUCACGGCCACGCCUGCGUCGAUCUACAGCGCUCUCCCGACGCCCACGAAGAUUAUGAGCAGUCUGUUCGGUUCGCAGGAGGGAGAGGAGGGCGACCGGUAUACGCCUGUCCCGCAAAGGUCGCGGAGCCGGAGUGCGAGUCCGGUGAAGCCGGGGAGGGCGGAGAGUCCCACUAAGCCGCGGGGUGCGAGGAGCGUGCGGGGAAGUGCUAGUGGCAGUGGCAGUGGGAGCGGGAGUGGGAAUGGGAAUCGAGAUGGAGGGAAGGCCGUCCGACCCUCGGCCAUCGCUCGUCCAUCCCAGUCAGCCAUCGCUCGCCCGUCUCACUCCGCGAUGGACGUCCUUCCGCAGAGUCCGCCGCUGGUGGGCAGUCCGUUCCUCUGCUUUGAUGCGCCGCCGAGGCCUGCUGGGUUUGACGCGUCCGAGCGGCCAGCCCCUGGUGGAGGCUUUGGAUGGCCAGGUGCGCCACAGACCGGUGGGAUGAGGAGCUCCGAAGUAGGUGUGCUGUCGCCGAAGCCUGCGAGAGGAAGAGGAGGGAAGCUGGUGCCGAAGGGUGGAAGGGGCCGCUAAGGAGGUCCGUAAUGCCAGUGACUUUGUGGCCCGGACGUAUGCGCUACUUCUCCGUGGCUAUUUCUUUCUGGGGUUUAUGCGAGGAAAUGACCCUCGGGCUCUG